ACAACGACAGUAAACUGGCAACUUUAGAUCCUGCGAGAUGUGUCCGCUUCAUUAGGUUUUUUAGGUGAAUUUUUGACAAGCAGUCGUGCGAGAGUCGGUGCGGAAAUGUUUGGUUGCUGGUCGUUUUCCAUUCGUGAGGAUCAAUGUUCUUUGUGGGAUUUGGCGCGGAACCGAAGUUCCUUGUAAAGCGAUUCGAUAUUUGGAAUAGUUCAGACGUAGUUUUCGCAUAUAUAUUUGGAUGUUGACCCCUUUAUUUGCCGUAGAAACGUUGUGUUGUGCAAUUACAUGCAAACCACAUAGGGUCUGCUGUAUGUAUAAAUGUAGAAAUUAUUUUUAUAUUUGCAACCAAGUUUCCAAGUAAAAUAACAAUUUAUAGUGCAAUAUAAAAUUACUCGGAUCAGUAAGAUUGAAAGUGUAACUGAAAAUGGGUGAUGAUGUGUUUAGUUAUCGGUCGCAUGGUAAAACGCGCAGUGCCUCGAUUUGUGCUCCUGUUAGUGGGAGUUUAGAAGCGGUUAUAAAUACUCCAUCUGGAAGCAACACCCCUGAAAAUGGAACGCCAGGAUACAAGAGACGGAGACCAGCAACAAGGACUCAAAGUGCUCGUAUUACAGGAGCCCGGUCGGUGCGGCGAAAAGUUCAACAACAAAAUUUUCAGCAAAAUUUGCAGGAAUCUAGAUCACAUUGUACAAGUGAGCCUAAGUUAAGUGAAACAGAAACACCUCCGCAACGGCGAAAAUUAUCACAAAGAAGAACUGUACAUCAUCAUGGUCAAAGGAGGUCGAAUGCCUUCCUAGAUGUUCCUACGGUAAAUAUGCAUCAUUUGCAGAUAAGUGAUCCUGAGGAUGAAGACCUGGAUAGAUUGCGAACAUUUAGUGCAUCAAAAGGAGGAGUUAUAAACAGAGGGGACUCAUUUCGACGCCGACGAUCGCGUAGCAAUAGUUUAGCACCCACUAGCCCAAUGUUCGAGGGACCAACACGUCCAGAGACCACGCUCGCAAAUCAUGAACCAGUAGAAGUUUACCAUGUUUCAAUGUUAGGUGCUCCCGGGGUUGGCAAAGCGGCCUUGGUUUCACAGUUCAAGACUUCAGAUUGCAUUAAUGCAUAUGAAGGAGCAGAGGCUGACUUGGGUGAACAAAGCAUUUCAAUAAUUUUGAAUGGAAUCGAAUCAUUACUAAAAUUUUCGACUGACAAUAAGGAGAAUAAGGAUGAAUUGGAAGAAGCGGAUGCAUAUUUAGUUGUAUAUUCAGUAGUGGAUAAAUCAUCAUUUACUCGAGCAGAACAAAUUUUGUCAUAUCUUCAGGACAAGGACCUAAUCAGAGCUAGACCAGUAAUAUUAGUUGCAAAUAAAAUUGAUUUGGCUAGAUCACGUGCGAUUUCGGCCCAAGAUGGUAAAUGUUUAGCCUGCACUUUUCGAGCCAAAUUUAUUGAGGUUUCCGUCGGUAUUAACCAUAAUUGUGAUGAACUUUUAGCUGGAACAUUAACACAAAUUCGCCUCAAAAAGGAAUAUAAUCUACUACAGGGAUCAAGGGAAAACUCGCCAGCGCACUGGUAUAAAAACCGAAAUGUGGUUCGGGCAAGUAUGAAGGCCCGUCAAAUGCUCACAUGGAUAUUCGGAAAAGAGGACUCCAAAUUUCGACAUUGUGAAAAUCUUCAAGUGCUUUAAAUUAUUUUAAUCAUUAAACAAUAACACUAAGUCUUUUCAUUGGAAGUACUAAAAACAUUUCAUUAUAAUGACCAAUACAAACCUUUUACAAUAUGUGGGUAAGCAAAUGCAGAUAAUUGUUUUACUGUUUUUGACGAUAUUCCAAUCAUUUUUAUCCAGCUGCAAAAUGAUAAUCAAAAUAAUGUGAAAACUAACAAUAAUUAUAAUUAAAUGUAAUGUAUGAAUGAAAGUAAUUUUCUGUCUUCCAAAAUUAUGAAAACUUUUGAAGAGCUUAUAGAAUAUUAUUUUCGAAAUAAUGAAUAAAUGUUUCUGCCGACCAAUUAUA